AAUGACGUAACCCUUCCCGGGACUUGACAGUUCGCUGUUGCAAGUCACAGAAAGAUAGAGGAAGAGGGGGGGGACCGGUUAGUUAGAUAUUUACAGUGAUCACCUGUUAAUUCGCUUUAGAUUUGCGGCCGUAUCAAUUGUCUGAUUUGAAAACGUCUGUUCCAACGAACGUAUUUUGCGUUAUUCCCGAUUUGGCUAACCAGCUGGCUAAUGUUAGCUUUUUCCUGGUUGGAGUCGCAGCCAUUUUGGAUUUUUACCGACAACGAACAACUGCCGGUCGUGGUUUUCGGGAGCACAGCAAGCUAGCCAGGGCUUCCGCUUCCAUAUCUGAACACCGCUGUUUAUCUGCAGACGGGGGGAAAGGAGACGUUUGCCGAGAGGGGAUACACAUACAACGAGUCAACAAUGAAUCCCGAAUAUGACUAUUUAUUCAAGCUGCUCCUGAUUGGGGACUCUGGUGUUGGAAAGUCUUGCCUUCUACUCAGAUUUGCAGAUGACACUUACACAGAAAGUUACAUUAGCACUAUUGGCGUGGACUUCAAAAUACGAACCAUAGAACUAGAUGGGAAGACCAUUAAACUUCAAAUUUGGGACACAGCGGGUCAGGAGAGGUUUCGUACCAUCACAUCCAGCUACUACAGAGGUGCUCAUGGUAUCAUCGUAGUGUACGAUGUCACAGACCAGGAGUCCUUCAACAAUGUCAAACAGUGGCUACAGGAGAUUGACCGCUACGCCAGUGAAAAUGUCAACAAGCUUUUGGUUGGGAACAAGUGCGACCUGACGACGAAGAAGGUGGUGGAUUACACGACAGCAAAAGAGUUCGCAGACUCUCUGGGAAUCCCCUUCUUGGAAACUAGUGCCAAGAAUGCCACCAACGUGGAGCAGGCCUUCAUGACCAUGGCCGCUGAGAUCAAGAAGAGGAUGGGCCCCGGGGCCACGGCCGCAGGAGGGGAGAAGCCCAACGUGAAGCUGACCCCCGGCACCAGCGUCAAGCCCUCGUCAGGAGGAUGCUGCUGAGAGAUGAAACCACUUGCACUCACCCCCCCCCUCCACACAGCCUCCCCAGCCCUCUCACUCUGCUGGCCCGUCAAUCCAGGACUCUGUCCUCCUCUAACUCCACCCGCCACACAACGUAGACAGGGUGGGGGGUGGGGGAUCCUGCGAGAUCAAGAUGAAGUUACCCUCAUUUGUACUGUACAUAGUAUAGCCGCACUACCAAAUAAAGCAUCCUUCUUGUCAUGCUGUCCAGUUUAAUGACGGCUAACUUUACAGAUAGUGCUGUGUGUGUGUGCGCGUGCUUCCUACAGGUAAAAUAAUUUCUUUUUCGGUUGUUUUCUUUUUUCCUUUCAGUAAAUUCUGUUGCAGCUUGUGUGUCAGCAUGUGUCGGUCCCCAUUUGAAGGGUGUUUAUUUUGUUAUCUUCUCACCAACCUUUGCACAGCAGGGUCCCACUGUCUAGCAUCUAAAGUGCAACAGACGUGUGUGUGUGUGUGUGUGUAUGCGUGCGUGCAUCCUUACACGUGUCUUUUAAAAAUAUAUAUAUAUAUAUAUAUUUGUGUGUGUGUGCAUAUAUAUGCACACCGUUUGCCCGUUGUGUAAUGUUCAAUGCGUCAUUGGGCUUGUCUUAACUCUUUAUCUCUGUAUUACAUUUGUGGCUGAAGACAACUAUGUUUGUUGCUCAACAUGUAACACUUUAACUGAAAAAUAAAUAUUGUACUACCAGGCUGUAUGAAAUGGGAGGGUCUGCGAUUCUUGGGUGAGAUUUGUUGAGGGGAAGAAAAAAAACUUUAUUUAUUCUCCAUUCGUUUUUGCGUAUUCUGCCAAGACAUACGGUCUGUUUGAAAAUUGCCGUGUUAUCACCGUUAUCACCGGAGUUGCAUAUAAAAUACAAUGUCCUCUUGUUUUCAUAAUAAAGGCGACUGAAUUCAGUUGGAAAGGAAA